CACUUAGAUUGUUGAGAGAGUCCAGUCCAGACUGCGAGUCAAAACCCCUUUUUACUUCGGUCUCUCUUUCUAGGUUUAGUAUAAAACCUGGUAACGAACAAAGCCGAACCUCCCACCUUCUUCUUCUUCACCCUCAAGCUUUCCCGCUCAGACAUUAGCCGAAACUCUUUUUCCUCUCAAUUUCUGCACAAUGAAGUACGUUUUGGUCACCGGCGGCGUCGUCAGUGGACUCGGCAAAGGCGUCACCGCCAGCAGUAUUGGCCUCGUCCUCAAAGCCUGUGGCCUGCGAGUCACCUCCAUCAAAAUCGAUCCGUACUUGAAUAUGGAUGCCGGUACCAUGUCUCCCUUCGAACAUGGGGAAGUUUUUGUUCUUGAUGAUGGCGGUGAGGUUGAUCUAGACUUGGGAAACUAUGAGCGUUUCCUAGAUUUAACGUUGACAAGAGAGAACAAUAUUACGACAGGAAAAAUAUAUCAGUCUGUUCUCGAGAAGGAACGAAGAGGUGAUUACCUUGGGAAGACUGUUCAGGUGGUUCCACACAUCACAGAUGCAAUUAAAAAUCGCAUUGAGUCAGUAGCUACCAUUCCUGUGGACGGCCAGGAGGGCCCUGCUGAUGUUUGUGUGAUAGAACUAGGAGGGACUGUAGGUGACAUUGAAUCAAUGCCAUUCAUCGAAGCUUUGCGACAACUAUCCUUUUCAGUUGGCCCAGACAACUUCUGCCUUAUCCAUGUGAGCUUAGUACCAGUAUUGGGUGUUGUUGGGGAGCAAAAAACGAAGCCUACACAACACAGUGUUCGAGAACUGAGAGCUUUAGGCUUAACUCCACAUCUGCUGGCAUGCCGAUCCGCUCAGCCUAUACUGGACAACACGAAGGAGAAGCUUUCACAGUUUUGCCAUGUUCCAGCUGGUAACAUUCUCAAUAUCCAUGAUGUCCCAAACAUCUGGCACGUUCCACUUUUGCUUAGGAACCAGAAUGCUCAUCAUUCAAUUCUUAAACAACUUGACUUGCUCAGGAUUGCUGCUGCUCCUGAUUUGCGUGACUGGACAAAUAUGGCUGCAACCCAUGAUAAUAUCACAAAUUCAGUGAAAAUUGCGAUGGUAGGAAAGUACGUUGGUUUGACAGAUUCAUACCUUUCUGUUGUGAAGGCCCUUCUUCAUGCAUGCAUUGCAUGUUCUUUGAAGCCAUCAAUAGAUUGGAUUGCGGCUACUGAUCUUGAGGAUGAAAGUUCCAAAUCGACACCGGAAGCACAUGCUACUGCAUGGGAGACUCUGAGGAAAGCAUCGUGUGUCUUGGUUCCUGGAGGAUUUGGAGAUCGGGGUGUGAAAGGUAUGAUAUUAGCUGCAAAGUAUGCCAGAGAAAACAAAGUUCCAUACUUUGGGAUUUGCUUGGGCAUGCAGAUAUCUGUAAUUGAGUUUGCUAGAAAUGUUUUGGGUUGGGAAAAGGCAAACAGUACAGAGUUUGACGAUGGGACACCAAAUCCUGUUGUUAUUUUCAUGCCUGAGGGUUCAAAGACCCAUAUGGGAAGUACUAUGAGAUUAGGAUCUCGAAGAACACUAUUCCAGACUGCUGACUGUAUUACUUCAAGGGUGUAUCAUAACUCACAAUAUGUGGAUGAACGGCAUCGGCAUAGAUAUGAGGUAAAUCCAGAGUUCAUCGGGACAUUUGAAGAAGCUGGCCUGAAAUUUGUUGGGAAGGAUGAGACUGGAAAUCGAAUGGAGAUUUUAGAGCUUCCAAGCCAUCCAUUCUAUGUGGGUGUACAAUUUCAUCCAGAAUUUAAAUCUCGGCCCAGGAGGCCGUCGCCUGUCUUUCUAGGUUUUAUACUGGCGGCAACGGGGCAGUUGGACUUAUAUCUUGAAAAGCAACAAAAUGGAAGUUGAUGCAUAAUUUAUCACUAGUUAUUCCUACUACAUUCUUUCAAGAAAAGGAACUCGAUUCUUUUUGCUGGGUUAAAUGUGUACUAUGAGGAUGAACUCCAAUAUGAGGUGUUUUAUGCAAGUAGCUGUCCGGUUUAAAGUAGUCGUAUCAAAGACUAUACAAGUAAUUGUAGUGGGAUACAGAAGAUUGUGUUCUUCUCAAUUAUAGCGUUUUGACAUCCUCCGAGUUGGCACGAGCUUAAUUUUCCGGUGAAGUGUUUUUGGUUUUUUUUUUUUUUUUUCUUUUGUUCUUUGCACCCCCAACACAAUUUAGCUCUCUAGCAUACAAGUAUCUUGAUUUAAGUGUAGUAUGGACGAGACAAACAUGUGGAAAACUGAAAAAGGGAUUGUAUUUAUACUAUUUAUCAAGUAGAACUUCGUUUAGGUUUAA